AUGCCUCGAGAGAAACGUUCAAGAAGACUUAAUCAGACUCUUUCUGAUGCUGAUAAUGAAAUUGCCAUACACAGCGACGAAAGGUCCACAGCUUUGCUAGCAACAACGCUUAAUAUCGCUUCAGAGUCCGAGAUGAAGACAGGUGCCAAAAGAGCCUUGGCUGAGUGCCUUGAAACAGAUGAGCUAUACUCUGAGGUGGUGCACGAUAACAUGUGGACCGGAAACAGUGCGAGUUUGAGUAUCGCCCGUGAGAAUGCCACAUUGCCCAUGUUACAGACUAAAUUGGAAUCGACAUUGGCCAAACUUCAAAAGCACGAGGAUACCCUUAGAAAGCACGAUGAUACCCUUAGAAAGCACGAGGAUGCCUUUAGAAGGCACGAGGACGCUCGUAGAAAGUACGAGGACACUAAUCGAGCACAAGAACGGAAGAUUUCCGACCUCCAUCACACGAUCAAUAAGAUCGGACAACAGAACAACGCACAAUAUGUUGUUGGAUUUUCUCAGAUCAGGAGUCGAUUUCUUUCUACAUUUAAGAGAGAUAUUCUGAAGGAGCCGUCUAGCGAAGAUAGGAUGCUUAUCGGACAAGGAAAUAUAGUCGCGCAUGAGGGGAACUUUCGAGGAGAUGCUAAGUUAUAUAAUCCUGAGGGUUUUAUUACAGAGGACGGCGAGCAAAUUUCUCCCCGUAAUGAUCGUCAUGUCUUUAAGCAGCUCUAUGGAGUCGAUCCUUCCCUUGCUGCGAUAAUAGACUAUACACCGACUGUUCUUGUACUAGACAGACAUGCAACAAUUAUUUCUUCGCUUAAGUUUCAAACAACCGACAAUUUCAAUGAGAGAUUCAAGAUAUUUAUACUCUCUUUGGAGGCAUCCAACUAUGCUUCUGACUAUCUCGAUUCAUAUUCACCACGGCUCGAAGGGCUUCGGUGUGCAUAUCGAGCUUUUUGGGAUGCUGUAUGCACGGAAGUAUCACGUCGAGUGUAAACAGGAAUCCGAUAUAUCAGGCUGUGACAGGAAACAUGGCUCUAUUUGUAUAGUAGGAGGCUGAUUGGACACGCGCUGCUUGCUACCUUCUUAUUGUCAGGAUCUCCCCUAUAAACGUGAGGAUGAUCAGAAAGAAAC